UCUGUGAGUCUAAUUUUUUAAUGUUUUAUUUUAGGCUCAGGAGAAGGAAAAAACAACAACAACCCUAUGUGUGGCCACUGUCCAGUCCGAAUCUGAUCGCCUCAGGUCGAAUGAGAAAAGGGCCCUUUUAAGUGACUUGCCACUUGGACGCUUUGUUAAGCGCGAGAACUUUGAUUUUUGCCCUUGUUAAAAUACAAAAAACCCAGGACAAAUGUAUUGAAAAAGUCACCAUUUACUGUGAAUGUUCGGGGGAUGACAAGAUAAUACCUUCUGAUUAAAAAAAAAAGAGAAUCAAAUUUGUUCGUACCAAAAGUCGAGGAGGAACGAAAUAGUCAAAUGACGAGUAAACUCUAUGGUUAAAAAUCUGGUAAGAUUCUGCAAGGAAAAUGGAGUCAUAGCGUUGGAGAAGAGAAGACUUUUUAGGCCUAUGGCAGACUGCGAAUGGUAAGACUCUCAUAGAUGAUCUCUGUUGGACAUGGACUCUGAGCAGACAGGAGAUCAGCAGACAAUGCUUGCUGUUGAGAAAGAACCGGAACAUUCCCAGGACAGCAGUACCGAUAUUCAGGUAAAAGAAGAGCCUGAGGAUGCUGGAUUUGACCAGACUACAAGCACACCAGCUACAAGUGAGCACACCUCCAACCCAGAUUCCAGAAAUUCCUCACCGCUUCCCCCAGUCACAUUUGGAACUAUGUCGCCGAUUCAGACAAUUGACAGCUCAUCAGCACGGGAGGAAGCUUCAUCUGUUGAGCCUGUUCCACUUAAUGACCUGUAUGCUGGGUCUAGCAUUCGUUCACAGCUUCAUGGAGCGAUUGAGGGCAAAAAAAUGGAUGCUGUACAGAACAUUGUAGAAAGUCUCCUGAAAAAAAAUGAAACCCUCUUGGCCUUGAGCGAUGCCGGGGGUUUCAGACCCAAUUCACGUAAACAGAAAGCAGCAUUUGAUGGUUGCGCGAAAAAAACAGAUCCAACUUUUCCCUGUUCUGGGAAAGCUAGUGUGUUUCCUGUGUCACAAAGUCUGCAGGCGCGCAUGUCCGUUGGUAAUAGUGUCGGGAAAAAGAGUACUCAAACCCAAAACCCAAAGCUAAUGCGCCCAAAGAGCCCCACACGAAGGGCUGGCUUUGCCCUUAGAGACAAGGUCCAGUUUUCCAAUGCCUUGAUGGAAUCGGAGCUUGGUGAUCCGGAGAUUGAGGAUAUUUUUAGAGUUCAGAACCAUGAAUUAGUCUGUGGGAUCGGAGCCCAGUCUUUAGUGUCAGAUAAGGAAGACAAGGUGGUAGCUACUUUAGAUCUUGGCUAUUUUUGGUGCAACUUUUGUCCCUUUAUGUGUAGUAGUAAGACUCUUCUUCUCCAGCAUGUUUCUGAACACAGAUUUAGCUGCAGGCACUGUGACUAUGAGUCUUUUUGCAGGUCGGAUAUUGUCCGCCACAUGAGCAAAAUGCACGAAGAAUUUUCCAGAACAUCAGAAACGUUUUACUAUUGUACUCUCUUGUCAGAUUACUUAAGGGUUAGAGCUAGGGUUCAAGAUAAGGAAAAUAAUCGUCCUCACAAAGACCCAGAUGAAGACACGGAGGAGAUUGACCCAAGUUUGAUGGAAACUGCUGCUCAAAACCUCUCCUCUCGAAAGAGAAAGGCAGUGGAAGAGAGUUGUCAUGUGAAUUCUCCAUCGCCACCAAAGACAGCUAAACCAAACACAGAAUCUCAGGGACAAGUUGGAAACAGUGAGGGGAGAAAAAAUCGUCCAGGCAAGUCAAGAAAAAAUCAGAACCCAAAGCGUCAUCCUCAGCCAAAAGACUCGGAUUAUGAUGUUUUCGAAAUGGAGGUGUAUGAGGUGGAAGAAAACCCACUUGAAAAUGUAGAUGGUGAAGAGAAUGGGAAGCUGAUGUAUCCAUCCAACCAUAACUCUGCAUCAAAUCAGUCCUCACACUCUUUUAACACUUCUAGCAGCAAGACUGGCAGCACAUAUAGGCAGGCGUCCCCAUCGGUGCAAACCUCUCAAAAUGUUGUCACAGCUCAUAGCUCUAACCCAUCAGUGGUGAGACCAGUGCGCACUCCUGUACCGUACAGGGGACGGGGCUACAAAGGGAAGUCCACAAGCACCUCCAGCCUAUACUGGAGUUGUGGCUACUGCUCAUUUCAGAGCACGAGUCAGGCAGAAAUCAAAGAACAUUCCAACAGGGAGCACCCAGGGAAACCCCAUCGAUAUGUGGCACUGAUAAAAAACUUGCCUCCAGAAACUUCAGUGGGUAAUCAACAUUCGUUCCCUACCUCAAGGCCCCCUGCUGUUUCUACAUUCAGAGACCGCCAGCACACAGCUUCCACCUCCUCGCAUUCUGUAAACAGCAGAAAUGGGGCCUCUCAUGUGGCUGCUGACAAAGACAUUGUAGCCCUCAAAGAAGACUCAGAUUCCGCCAAUCUACUUAAGGUGCGAUUCCCCCCCACCCGAGCCAAGAAAGAGAACACAGUGUACAGGUGCUACCACUGUUCCUACACUGCUAAACGUCAUUCUUCCAUGAAAAGUCACAUCUACUAUAAACACAGAGGGAAAGGGCUCGUUGCUGUGGAUGAUGAGUCACAGACAGGUCAGCAGAUUUUUUUCUGUGCCCGAGAUGACUGCACUUUCAAAUCCAGCAUUGCUGAUUCGUUUCUGCAGCAUGUGGAUCAGUGCACCCCAUGGAACAGACCUGAGCUGGCGGAUGUGGAGGUGGAGCCUCAUAUCCGUGAGUGUCUGGAGCAGACUGUCAACUUUGCAGAGAUGUCAAAAGAAAAGAAGUCUGAUGGUUCUAGUUUCAGAUCUAGUGGAGAGCAAGUUCAAGUCCACAGUGAACCUGAUGAAGAGGACAGUGGAGGAGGUGAAAGUCCAGAAGAGCUGAAUGGGCGCUCUUUGUCUGGGUCUUCUGAAGAUAGAGAAGGAGCUGUCGGUGAGUUUCCUGCUGCUCCCUGGAGUCCGUGCAGCUCUAGGGCAGCCUCCGGCUCCCCAGAUUAUUCUUACAGGUCUCCGUGUGGUGAACAAGAGCAGAUGGUGCAGGAUGAGGAUGAGGAUCAGUGGUAUUCAGAGGUACAAGUGACAUAUCCAGAAGUACAACACAUGACGAAAGACGAAGAGGGACAGAUGAUGGAAGACGAAGACAAGAGCCUCUUACGGCCAGAUAGACUGUCGAAGAAAGGCAUGAGGGAUGGGGAUCUUAAUCAUAGAUUUGAGGCACGUUGUGAUGAUGAUCCUGCUGGAGGGGUCCAGGGUAAAAAUGAUAAUGAUAGCUUUUCUCAUGAUAGUAGAAUUCUACAGAAGUGUGAUAGGGAGAGGAAGGCUUUGUCUGGGUGGAAAAUUGAUCGUACAGCUGCUAUAAAUUGUGAUGAUAAAGGUGAAGAUUGUGAUGAUAAAGGUGAAGAUUGUGAUGAUAAAGGUGGAGAAUGUGAUGAUAAAGGUGGAGAAUGUGAUGAGUGUGGUGAUACUGGAAUCUCCGGGAAAGGUAAUGUUUGUAACAAUAUUGAUGGAGAUAACAUGAUGGGUAGUUGUGAUGAGGAGACUGCUUUCCAAAAUGGAGAGAAUAUUGUAGGUAGUUGCGAUGUUGUCUGUGAAGCUGUUGAUACUAGUUUGAGUGUGUGUCAGUCUGAAAGUGAUGUGUUUGUCCCUGUGGGUGUGUCCGAGGUGCCUUUUUCAGCUGGAGCUGACACUGACCAGCCAGUGUUGAAAGCUGUGUGUGAUGGCAAAGAUGAGACACUUGAGGAGGAGGAGGAUGGUGGGAACGAGAGAUGGGAUUUGGAAAAAACUACAAAUGUCCCAGCCUGUGAAGAAAAGACUGUCUUGACUUCUUCGCACAGCAAUCCCCUGAAGCUCAAGUUUAAAUUGACUGGUGACAACAAUAUGCGCUGCAGCAUAAGUGGGGAGGAGGCCGGAGUCGAAGGAGGAGGGGAAGAGUCUGAGUCUGAGGGAGAACAGGACUCAUCUCGAAGCUCUUCCUCCUCCUCAUCGUCCUCCUCCUCCUCCUCUUCUUCCUCUGGGUCUUCAUCUGGUUCAGAGAGUGAGGAUGAAAGUCGUGAUAGGAAAAAAAUAGUUGGUGGUCACAAUGAUAGCAGCAAUAGUGUGCACGAUGCUAAAGAAGCUCCCAGGGCGCCUUGUGGCGGAGGGGAAGACUUGACAGAGGAGUUUGCUCAAAGUGUCAAUAGUGUAAGUGAAAUGACAGACAAAGAUGCAGAUGCCUGCUUGGAGAAAGCCAAAACAAAAUGGCUGGCUGAUCUGAUCGACUCCACCGGAGACUCGGACAGUGACGUGCCGUCUGACCCCAGAAGUGCACCGCUCUCGGUGACCUCGGCAAGUGAGAUGGGGGACAGUUCUUGUGAUGCUUUUGGUGCCAAUGGAAGUUCUGUACCUAUGCGUAGUGACUCUCGAAGCUCGUUGCACAAAGCGGACAUGCCUGUGUUGCAUCGUUGUGAUGAGUCACCUGACAGUAAGCAGCAGAAUUGUUUGGAAGCCCCGAAGGAACGAGUUUGUUCUGUCGCAGGAAGUCCCAGUGUUGGUGAGCAAACAGCGAGCACGGAGAAAAUGCCUGCUCCUAUACUGAGUCCAGCUGGAGAUAGAAGAGAUAAAGCACAGUCUUUGAUGAAACGUGAUGUUGCGAAGAAUGCCAGCAAAAUGUGGAUGGCUUGUGUGCCUGCUCGUAGUGCAGCUAUGAAAGCCCUGAGUAAGAUGAAGCCAUCCUUUGAAGAAGAGGAGGAGGAAGGUAUAGAAGAAAAAGACAGUGAUUCCAGUUCCAAGCAUUUUUCUGCAAAGUCAAAAAUCAAUGUAAAGAAAUCCUCCGAUGCAUCUGUUCAUGGAAAGAAUCCCCCGUCCAGUCAGAAAAUAGUGGGUGGUCACUUGUACAAAUGUCAUGGAAAGAAUCCCCCGUCUAGUCAGAAAACAGUGGGUGGUCACUUGUACAAAUGCCGCUACUGUGAAAAAUCUAGUCCAACAUCCCUUUGGGAUGUGAAACAACAUUUGAUGAGACAUCACAAGUCUAUGGCCCCCAUUGUGACACGCUACUAUCCUGUGCGGAAAACAGGAAGGACCAGAUUCUAUGUUUGCACAAUGGAAGGCUGUUGUAAACUUCUCAUCUCCCUAGAGGAGCUGCUGUCUCAUCAAGAAAAUCAUAGCACAGGGCAAGAACCAAAGUUAUCCGCGAGGAAGCAAAGCGACAGAAUGACAGGGAAUAGUGCAGGUUCAUCUACUAGGAAGUCAUCUGUAUCAGGGUCUAAAUCUCAGACUCCCAGAUUGCCUUCUGGUCUGUUGCCGCACUGCAGGGUUGAGUUGAAUAUGUUGGAUGUCAACAAUUUGCCCCCUGCCAAAAAAUCGUCCACACCCAAGUCAUUCCCCAAACCCCCUCCUAAAGUGGUUGAGAAAAAAUACCAGUGUCUGUACUGUACAGAGUUUGUGUAUGACAAUGUCCUGGCGGGCAUGAAGUCACAUUAUGCUAAAGAGCAUGAGGGUCAGUUGAUGGUGAUGAGGGACACAGAGGCUCGCCGGGCACAAAGACCGUCACGUCUGUACGUGUGUGAGAAUCCUGCCUGUGAUUUUCUUUCAGUGAACCGUUCAGAUUUGACCAGCCAUGCCAAAUGUCACACGAAAACCAACUUCACUUAUGUAUACGAGUGCCCGGCUUGUGGGUGGUUCUCCUCCUCUCACUCAGCAGCCGAGCAGCAUCUGCAGAACAACCACAGCGGUGAGGAGAAUGUUUCUCUAGUGCAGACUCAGGUCACUGUGGAUGAGUUUGGACAGACCUCCAGGAAAGUGCUGGCUUGAGGGUAGAACAAUUGUCCUCUAGUGCAGACUCAGGUCACUGUGGAUGAGUUUGGACAGACCUCCAGGAAAGUGCUGGCUUGAGGGUAGAACAAUUGUCCUCUAGUGCAGACUCAGGUCACUGUGGAUGAGUUUGGACAGACCUCCAGGAAAGUGCUGGCUUGAGGGUAGAACAAUUGUCCUCUAGUGUGCUGCUGGUAGCCUCAGUUGCCCCCAAUGUCAGCCAAAGGACAGACUGCUCUAUUUCCGCUGUACAACGCUAUGGCAACAAAAGGCCUUGAAAUGGAGUGGAAUCUACCACUAGCAACUUAGUCAACUGAGCUGCUUGCAGUUUCUCUGCCUGUUUGACCACCCAUAUGACCGUCCUUCAUUCUCUGUCUCCAGUUGUGUAUCUGCUGAAUGCACUUGAAGUGCAUGUCCUUCUGUAUAUUUGACAGGAAAAUAUCACAUUGUCAGCACUUUGUGCUUGAGGUCAUCGUUCACUUAGGCAGCAGAAUACAGCCAAAGUCAUCUGUAGUUUAAAUAAUACAUUUUUGUGGUCAUCACUGUGGACACCCUCUUCACCAAUUUUGUCUGCAUAAUUCUGAGACUAAGGCAGCCACCACAACUCUGUCUCAGAGGAAGCUGUCUAGAGGAUUCAGCUCAAGCAGCAUUAGCCCAUUUUGUUGGGAGCUUCGUCUAGUCAGUCAGUACGAAUGUGUUGUUGUUGUUGUUGUCAAGGGUGCAUGUUGUCCUUUCUUUAUAUUUGUACAAAUUUUGUCUUUGGCUAAGGUAAACUUUGUACCUUUCUUUUCUAUUCCACUCAGAGUGAUGUUGAUUUAAAGUGUGGGUGGUGUGUUUCCUUUUACAGCUCGAAUGUGAUUUGUAUUUAGUUUUAUCUUAGAAAUUAUACACUGGUCUCCACCUAACAAUUCUCACAAACGCGGUUUUAUCAUGCGUAAUGGAAAUUAUUUUCUUUAUAGAGACAUAUUUAUAUUUUCAUGUCGAAGAACCCGUCUAAAAAUAGAAUUGUGCCGCUCAGGGCAAUCAACUUUUUCUGAUCUGCUUUGUUUUGUGCUCAUUGGGGGGGGGGGG